AUGCCAAUUCGCUGUUAUUUGAAAUGUCAAGCUGUGUUAUUAGUUGCAUUGGUGGUAUUCACACACUUCACACCGGAAGCUGAGUGCGCGGGCGAAACAGCGAUUUUGAAUUUUUUAGAACAAUUACGAGUACGAAUGUGUCAUCCUAUACCGCAGUUAGGACUACCAGCUUUGGAUCCACUACACAUCACACAUGUAGAAGGGAAAUUUAAUAAUAAAUACUUAAUAGACUUUACAGGCUCUGCAACAGACUUCAUGCUAACGGGACUUUCUGACUUUAUUAUAAAUAAUUUCAAGUUAAAUGCAAUAAGAAAAUCAAUAUUUAAUAUUACUUUGCCUUACACCGCGUUUAAGUCCAUUUACACAGCCAAAGGGUCCCUGGGGUACAUACUGAAUUUGUCCGGUGAAGGUAAUGCGGACUAAGUAAUGGCGUUUAUGCAAAACUUUGGCUUACAAUUAUCGUUUAAUCAAAAAACAGGAAAAUAUCUCGGCAUAAGAAAUCUGAAUAUUCAGAUCCAAAUCGGUGGGGUAUAUAUAGAUUUUGAAAAUCUUCUCGAGGAAGAACGCAUUAACGAUUUUUUCCAUGCUUUGAUAAACGAACUGGGCUUGGAGCUUUUGGGAGAUCUUUGGAUGGAUAAAAAUGCAUUCGUAGAGCAGUAUCUACAAGAGCGGGUUAACGCUUUUAUUGGUCAAUACACAUUGGGUGAUGUUAUAAAGUUAAUUGGUGGUAGCGGUGGUGAAGGGGAGCCAAUCUUUAGUGGCGGACCUCCUGGCGAUUGCAAAAUUGAAACCACUACUGUUUACACUACAACUGAUAUGAAUGAUAAUAAUGAAAGUACGCCGCAGUAGUCAAUCAUUGUUGGCAAAUAAACUCAUAAAUACCCAAAGGAAAACAUAAAAAAACAACUGUGUAUACAACAUUUUUUGAUAUUAUUGUUUGUUAUUUUUUAGUUAUCUACUUAAGAUUACUAUGCCAAUCUUGCUGCAGUUCUAUGUAGAUUAGGUUUUAUUUUAAGUCAAUCGCUGAAAUCG